AUGACUAGACGAAAAAAGAAGGAUGAAGAAGAGCAACAAGAAGAUAAAGAUGAAAGCUAUUUAUCCAAGAAUAAUGCAAAUACUACUAUAGAGCAAGAAGUACAGUACCUGAAGAAGCUAUUAGAAACAAAGAAUGAAAUAAUUUUAGAUAAAGAGAGGUAUAUCAAUCAAUUAGUUAAUGAGAACAGACGUUUACAGGAGCAUUAUGAAUUGAUCAUUAGCAGUAUAGUGGAUAAAGAAACCAUAAUCACUUCUUUGGGGAAAAUAAAUGAAAGAGUUGAAAAAAUAGCAGCUACUACCUCAUACACCCAUUGUAAUGAUGUAAUUAAAUCAUAUAGUGGAUCUGUAAAAGAGUCAAAAAAAAGCAGAGAUGAGAAGAUUGUAGAUAAAAUUAAUAAUAUACAUAAGUUGAUGAUAAAAAGUACGGACAAAUCAAACUCUAAUGUGUUGGAAGAUUUGAAGAAGAGCAUUGAUCCAGCUAAGUCAAAUAUCUGUGUGAACUCUGUGAGGAGGGUGAAUAAUGGCAUCAUUCUUAGCUGCGAAAAUGAAGCAUCAUUGUCCAAGCUGAUGGCGAGUAUACAGGGAGAACUCGGUGCGAACUUCACUGUCAAUGAGAUCAAGAAAUAUCGCCCACGCAUGGUGAUAAAUAAUGUAGAAUGCGCCUACACAAAAUCUGAGGGAUUAAUCGAGAAGAUCUUGUCUCAGAAUAAAUUUGGUAUUUUCAGUAGUGAUGAUAUAAAAACUGUAAGCACUUUCAGAUGA